AUGAAUGGGACUAGAUACCAAAUGGCUCUCCUAAACCCAACAUUUCUUCUUGGUGUCGUUGUAGUCACAUAUUUAUCGUCUUUUGUCUUCUUCGCCAUCUUAAGAAUCCUCACGGGAAUAUCAAUUCAGCGCAUUGGCUACUUCGCCCUGAAAAGGCUCACGUACAAACCUAGCGUUGGUGUGGCCAUAGAUAUACGAAGCUUAGGCCUUAACAUUCAUCGUCCUACAUUUGCACAGCCAACAUGGCUUAGCAUUGUUCUUAGAGAGCUCGUAGUGACUGUAGAUCUGAAUGCAACAGAAAAAGAGAAACUCAGAGAAACAGGCCAGAAAAGUAGUCCACGUAAGGAUACUGAAAAUGCUCCCAAAAAGCAAGUCAGAACACCUGAUAAUAAUGAUGACCGUCACAAAACUUCAAGCUCGAAACUUCUCACCCGUAUUAAAAAUGGAAUAAAGAGUCUUCAUCGAAAAAUCUACUGGAUACGCAUGGUAGACCUAGUAGCGACCAAUUUAACCGUGAAUAUUGUUGAUGUAGGAAAUGUACAAGUGGGAAGUUUCUCCAUGGCCGUCGAUACUAGACGAAAGAUGGUUGACCUUGGAAGAAUGUUCUCGCGCGUUAGAACACUGCGGGACCUCAAGCUCUCUGCGGAGUGGAUAUUUUCGAUUCGGAGUAUACUUUUUACAGUUGAAGGCGGUGAAUCUUCUGAAAUUCUUGACCACAUGGCUCUCAAUAUCCAUGGCCUUCUUUGUGGAGAGUUGGACGAGCUAAAGGAUGCCUCAAUAUCGCUCAAGUUGGGUCGAGUACAUAUCCCCUACGAAGAAAUAAAAGAAUGCGUCGACCGCUAUCAGCUAUGUUGCAAGAGACACGAAAAUUUCACUUCAUCUGGGGCUCAGUCUACAACUCCUGUGCAUCAGAGCAGUCGCGAAAAGCCAACUAGCCUACCUGAAAAUGCUAUGAAGAAGCCUCCCAGUCCUAAGGAAUUGAUUGGUACGGUUAUUCGAGGUGUUAAUGAGGUCCAGUUUGCAGUUAGUUUUAUCAGCUUUACUAAAAAGACAAAUCCUUCGCAGACCCAACUCACGCCAAUAAAUUUUCACGCAUCUAUGAAGGAAGUUGGCAUAGAUCUUCACCGGCUUGAUCAGAAGUCACCAGCCCAUCGAAUGUAUUUUUCAGCCAAUGAUACUGCCCACCAAGCACUUGUCGCGGCUCUUUCAAUUGCUAUUGGUAUUGAUGAUGGUGCUGGCAAUUUUGAACGACUGACCUACAUUCCUAUGGCUACUACUACCGUGCGGACAACAUUACCUUCAAAGACAAUUGAUCCUGCGAUAAGUAUCAGUGCCGAUGAGCGCAAUGCGAACAUCCUUUUUGCAAACGUAGUAAUCACAUCGCUUUCUGUUGACCUUAACCCUAAGAAUUUGGCACUCCUCUCAUCCAUGCACAAAUUUCAACCAAAGACUAUCAAAAAGAUAGCUGAGCCCCAAAAACACUCCUUUAUCUCACAGUUUUUGCCCAAGGCAAAUGUCAAAUUUUCUAUGCAUGAGCCCGUUUUUAGGAUAUCUUUACCACCUGUUGAGGAAAAUGCAAGAGAAGAUGACUUUGACCUUAUUAUAUCCUCGAUUUCUUCAAUUUCUUUAGAUAUAGAAUCGUCCCAUUCCGCUAUCAAGGACCUACACUACUGCCUCGGCUCCACAUUUAGGCUACAAUCCCACGCCUUGUAUUAUCAGACUUCUAUGGGUGCUCACCACCAGCUCGUAGAGACCGAAUCACUUGAGCUUAAAGCGCAGAUUCUAGCCAAGAAUGAACUUUCAGUAACAGCAACUGGAAACUUGCAAACUUUCUCCAUUCAUAUGAAUCGGCCUGAAAUUAUCGAUGGGGUCCGUCACAUUGUUCGCCAGUUAAACUUAGAUUCAUACUCAGGAAACAAUAGCCCUAUGGAUAACUCCCAAUACCCUAAUUGUAUCCGUGCACUACCUCACUGGCUACUGUAUUUUUCAAUACAAGGGUCUGACUUCAGCGUUGAAGUUGCCGGUAUAGAUGAAGAAAUAACAGAAGAUACACGUGGUCUAGCGCUUAGAUUAAAGUCAUGGACUGCCGAGUACUGUAGCCAGAACCAGAGUGCAAAGAUAAAUAGGGGGACUCCUAAGCACACAGCGAGCUGGAAUUUAUCUACCGAUCCAGGACCUGAGUCAAAAAGCUUAGUCGACUCACGUCAAAAUAAUCAGUUACCACGAGGGUAUCAUCAGACCAAUGGUCGCCGUCUUUGCAUCCAUGUAAAAGGCCUAGAGGCGUUCGUAAUUGAACCUACAAACGAAUGGCAAGUGGAUCCUAUUGUUGCCAUGCCUAAAAUUGAAUGUACAUUAUCUACGACAAGUGAUAGACAAGGUCCGAUUUUCCACAUUAUCCUCAAUGUGUAUUCUCUCUUCGCUCAAUACUCUCUGUAUCAGCAUUACGCUUGCGGGGUUGCUAUUAUGAUCCUAAGGAGAGCUGUUGUACGCACACAAACUGACAAAGUUGAGGCUGAGAAUGUUCGAAAUGUUACUGAAUAUGACGAUGAAAGCAAGACUUUUUCCGAAGAACUGCCCUCAGAUAACCCUAUUACUCUUGAUGAAGCAAUUCUAUUACCUAAGGAGCUGAUUUCCAUUCAUUUCAAGGCCUCUGUUCUUCAAGUGAAGGCAAUAAUGCCAUCAGAUCCUGAUAUGAUGUUACAGAUUUAUGGAAUUGAGGUUGAAAGCCAUCGAUGGUCUCCUCCUUUUGUUAUUGCUAAAUUAGUUCGCGUCUACGCACAAGCACCCAAGAUUCCUCAAACAUGGGCUCGAGUUAUUAGUGUAAAAAGUCUCCGUAUUGAUCAUCGCGAAGCUAGACGCAAGACAAAAACCGGUGACGUUGAAGAUGAGAACCUCAUAGAUGUCAAAACUGAAGCAGUGCGUCUAGCUAUCCCCCAUCAGCUCAUUGUGCACAGAGUUAUGGACAAUUUUGUAAAUACCCUCAAGUCAGUCAAACAGCUGCACAAUCAGUUCUCCUCUGGAAAUCACAGAAAAAUUGAAGAAAAGCACUUGGAAACGCCUACUAUUGUACCAAAUAUUCUGAUUCGUAGCAAAGUUUUCCUAUUUGAGCUAGAAGAUGGAGCAUUUGAAUGGAAACUUGGCGUUAUUUAUCGGACGGGGCUUGUGGAACAAGAAAAACGUCUAGCGCGCGAGACGGCAUUCAACAUGAAAGCAAAGAAAAUUAGAGAAGAAGUGUUAAAAAAUAAAAAUAAACAACGAAAUAGGCCUUCAAAUCCCCGGGGUCGAAGUAAAUUUCCAGAUUCUGAUCGACCCCGAAGCAGAAGCGAAGAUGGCUUAUCGUCACAAUUUCAUCGAUCACAUUCUCCUCUUAAUCGUAAACUAUGCUACAAUCCAGACAAAACUUGUAGAUUAACUAGCUCUGCAAAAAUAUCAAUUUCCCAAGCGCAUCAAAAUCUACAGCUACACAACGCUAGAAGUUGGAAACUAAAUAUUGAUCAAGCUUUUAGUCAAGGUCAGGAAAAAAUGAAAGAACUACGGGGGGCUUUUUGGGGAGUUGAUAAGAUACCAGAAGAUAUUAAACUGGAUGGAAAUAUUCUCGAAAUUCCACAACGGCCCGCAUUGAUGGGUGCUUUAAUAUCGGAUCUUCAUGUCAAGAUAGGGGCACCGUCAUUUCCCAUGUGUAAUCUGCCAGACUUCAUCAACCAUAUUGGAAAAGGCAUGCCGUAUGAUAUGCGAUAUUCCUCUUUGAUACCAAUGAAUGUACAGGUUGAUAUGGGAGAAGCCCGUAUCACAUUGCGAGAUUAUCCUCUCCCUCUCAUACAUGUUCCUCCCAUCAAGCCAAAUCAACCGACUCGUCUGUCUGCGUGGUCUCUCAAGGCCGACUUCGUAAUUGCGGAAGAAUUCAGAGGAAACGAAUCAUCCAGAUUUGUCAGGGUCAAUGUAAUACCGGCGAAAGAUAAAUCGGCUGAUGAUUCUAAAGAAGGAAUUUUCUCGAUUAAUGUUCGACGAACAAUUUCAGCAGUUAAAUCAUAUUCAGAUAUCAAUGUGAGUGUCAAUACAGAGUAUCCAACCCGCAUUACCUGGGGCUCGUCAUUCCAACCUGCCAUCCAAGAUAUGAUGAUGAUUAUUGAAACAUUCACAAAGCCUCAAGUUGAUCCUUCAGACCGUACUGGUUUCUGGGAUAAGAUAAGACUUAGUUUCCACUCACGCGUUAGCGUUGCUUGGAAAGGUGAUGGAGACGUUCAUCUUCUACUCAAAGGAACUAGAGACCCUUAUGCAGUCACUGGAGACGGUGCCGGCUUUCUCAUGUGCUGGCGAAAUAAUGUACGCUGGAACAUCAAUCGAGACGACGACCCGAGGAAAUUUAUGAGUGUGGAUAGUGGUGAAUGCAUACUUGCUGUGCCAGAUCUCGCUCAUCAAGCUCGAAGCAUGUCUAUUUAUGAUCCUGGUGGCGAUGCGGACAGUGUAUCAAGCUCAGAUAGUUUCAAAAGUGGAGCAACAUUCAAAAAAGUUGUUAUGAAAUUAUCAGGCAAUGUUCAAUGGCUAGCAGGAAUAAUGUUUGAAAGAAAUUUGUCGGAUUCAGAUAAGAGAUCAUUUGAGUUUACGCCGCACUAUAAGGUUGUGUUGAAACGACCCGACUGUGCCAUUUCAACUGAUGGCCUUCCAUAUGAUGCUUUUCGGGGCUUUCGUAGUAACCAUAUUCAUCUAUCGGUUGCUGUAAAGGCACCAAUUGAUCAGGAUCGCCCAGAUUACAUUACGACAAAUUCACCAAGCUACAAUACAGUUCAUUUGACUCCGCGUUUAUUUUCUCACUUCUUUGCGUGGUGGUCAAUGUUUGGAGGCUCCAUGUCUCUACCGAUUCGUCAAGGAGCCUUAUGGCCUGGUAUCGAUAAGUCUAGCAAGAAGUUUGCAAGGCACCUUGCAACUAUCAAAUACAACGUCUUACUUGCACCAUUAUUUAUAAGUCACAUUCAUAGACAUAAUCAUGUUUCAGAACACAAGUUGGACGAAAUAUCCGCAACUGGUCUCAAGAUAAAGCUGGACAGCUUCAUGUUAGAUGUUCAUCAGCGUAAAGAAGAAUUUCCUUCUCAUGAAAAAUGCCUUAAGACGCAGGACAAGACAAGUGGCAUGAAGAUGCAUGAAGCACAGUUAGAUCUCAUUUCUGCAGACGUCCGGGCGAUUACGGCAAGUACCGCCGAAAAUAUUUCUGGAAGUGUGAAAACUGGCCCUACCUCAUCUACUAUACAUCACGAUGACGAAAUACCCCAUCUAUCAAGUUUUUAUAUUCCCGAUGACGAUUCUAGCUGGAUCGAUGUGGACGAUUUCGUCGAGAUGGAUUGGAUCCCUAUGUCAAAUGUCACCCCAAACACUAAAAUUUUGCCACUAGCCUACGCACCGCGCUUUACCUAUUUUCGACGAACUGAUCAUGGAGAAGAUUUCACUGGAGACUCUAUUUCAACAAGUUCUUUUGGUCAUGAGCCAACCCACUUUUGUAUCAUGACGCAAGACGAUGACCCCUAUCAAGUUCAAUAUGACCUAAUUAAAAGCCGUCUAGAGCAGCUAGAAAAGCAGAUAAAAUUUCAUGGUCUAGCUCUAGGUGAUGCCGAGACUAAAGUUAUCCAGGACAGAAAGAAUGAAGCUCUUAAAGUGGAACUUGACCAACUAAGGAAACAUAACAACCUCUUGCGCGUCAAAAAUACUUUCCUUCAGUCAAUGAUGCGCCGUAUGGCUAUUCACAUUGAUACCGACCCCCAGGCAGCUACCUCAAGCGAGAAGUUACAAUCAUCAGGAAAUAAGUGUGGAGAAACAAGUAAAGCCGAAUCAUGCCACUCAAAGUCUCUGAAUAUUGAGGUAGAAGACGACAUUGAAAUGGACCCACUAUCUGAAUUCCAGAGUGAUUUUAAAAACCGAUUUGUAAUUCAUAACAUGCAACUCAAGUGGAACAAUUUACUUCGGAAUAUCAUUUUACGGUACAUCCACCAAAACAGCCAAAGGCGCGGACUCGUUUACUAUCUGUCUAGACGUGCUGUUCAGUUCAUUCUUGAUAUUGUCCAGGAACAAAAAAAACCUAGAAAUUAUCCAAAAAGCACCACAACCCAAUCGCGGGACACUUCGAAAGUCACUUCAAGCUCUAAGCAAAAUAGCCAAGAUAUGGAGAGUCGUAUCAACGAAAUAUUAGCUGACGGUAAAAAGUUCAGCAAUACAGGCGACAAAAGUUCUCAGUCUGAGAAUGUAGCCAAGCGAGUAUUUACAGAUACUUUAAAUUCGAAUAUUUCGGGUGAAUUUCUUCCUAUGAAUAGCUAUCAUCUUCACCUCAUCGCGCCACAAAUACAGCUUCAAAGUGAAAAGAACCCCCAAGCUGUCGUCCUCGUGACUGCUAAGGGCAUGGAAGCUAAAAUUGUCGAGGUGAUGGAUAGAGAUCGAAUAUUUGACAAUGUUAGUGGUCUUGUUCAAAGAAGAUUCUCAGUAGAGAUGGAUAGUAUACAGUUUUUCGUCACGCACCAAAAAUUAUUCUCUUCGCAAUUACUUUCUAUGUAUUCCGGAAAUCUUUAUGGUGUUCCCUCCGACUCGGCCUGGCCACCUUGGGUUCCCAUGGAAGUUAUGUUCGAUUUUAAAGUUGAUCCAUUUGGUUUCAAACGUGUUGUUCAUAAAACUUCAGCUUCUUUGCGAUACGACAAGUUUAACACAUUGAGGCUUAAGUACAACGACCACAUUGGCUCUGAUACUAAGCACGGGCAUGAGUCAAAGCAGCACCAUGAAAGCCGCAUGGACCAUUUAUGGGUGGAGUUUCCACAGAUACGUGCAAUUUGUGAUUCUGCACAAUACUACGCAAUGUAUAUUAUAGUGAUGGAUCUACUUAUGUACAGUGAGCCAUUAGAAAAAACGCGGAACGAGCGUAUCGAAAAGAUAAUGUUGGCUUCAGACUUUAGCGACCUAAGAGGUGUUCCGGAAAUGGUUAUUAGACUUCAAGAGCGAAUCAGACAACUCGGUGAAAUGAAGACUUACCUGCUCAUUAAUUCAAAUUAUCUGAAAGCAGAAGACUCUGAAGAUAUACAGACUCUCGAAAGGGACCUCAACAACUGUACAAAUGAGUUAUUCUUUAUGAUGAAAGCUAUUACGACGUCUCAGCGAAAAUAUGAUUCAUCAAAGACUAGUGGCUUAUUAAGGUGGAAUAUAUCUUCACAACAGAUUGUAUGGCACUUAAUUCGAGAAAAUAACGAACCCCUUUUGGAAUUUCAACUUCAAAGAGCCGAGUACGACCGAACAGACAACUCUGAUGGCUCUCACAUCAAUCUAAUGCAGGUUGGUAAGAUCAUAGGGCUCAACCUUUUACCAGAUGCCAUAUAUCCUGAAAUUUUUGCGCCUUACUCAGAUGUCGACGGCAAAUCAAAUGACUGUGAUAAGCAGCCAAUGUUACGAGUAUAUUGGUAUAUGCUUGAAUCGAUAGCAGGCAUACCAGUGAUGGACCACUUUGAGGUCAACCUGAUUCCAUUAAAGAUACAGCUAGAGCGAGAUGUUGGCACGAAGCUCUUCGACUAUAUAUUCCCUUCUUCGUCCGACUCGAAGAAUAAGUCGCCCUUUAAGGUUAAUUCGAUACAGCUUUUCCCAGAUAAUGAGGAUGAUAUGAGCGGUGCAAGUAUCUUGAGUCCUGGUCUAGAAAACCCAUUAUCGGAAAACCGUAAUACCAGCUCUCCCAACUCUCAACUUGAACCCCCUGAAUCUCGAUUAAAGCCAACCCUAAGAAGUGAGCCGAGCUCAAAGACAAUAUAUAAACUCACCAAAAAGCAAAAGAAUGUUCAAAUUAAUGUUACGGACGGAUACCAUUUUCGCCUUUUUAACUCUAAUACAAAAGGUCCUUCUAAGACUUUGGACAGCAAAACUUCUGGUGGUAAUCCACAUGGCAAUCAUAGCAAUCGGCCUCCUCUUCAUUCCCUCAAUUUAGACAUACAGCCUAAGGAGACGAGUGAAGUCAAGUAUAAACGCUUUGGCAUUGUUCGUCGUGAUGUCAAGGCGAAAAAGGAGCAGCUAUCCGAUGAUCUCACAAAGAUGAUGGGUCGCGCAUCAUCAUACAUGACAUUUGUGAAUGUGAAGAUUCCGUCUGUCGUCCUCUGUCUUUCCUACAAGGGGAAAGGUGAGCGAAAUUUUGAGGAUAUUCACGACCUAGUUUUCCGUCUACCUGACAUUGAAUAUCGUAACAAAACUUGGAGUAAUCUUGAUUUUGCUCUUGCAUUCAAGAAAGACGUAAUUCGAUCCCUGAUAUCACAUACCGGAGCGAUAGUGGCAAACAAGUUUAAACACCGACCAAACACAGUCCAGCAGCAUCGAUUGCGAGAGAUUGCUACAAGCAACACUGUUCUCACACCGGCCAGCCGAGAUCAAUCGUAUGAAAAUAGUGAUGCCACCAGCUCCAUAUACCCGUCACCCAAAACGGCAAGUAAGAUUGAUAGAUCAAACAGUUCACGCCGGAGUUUAGCCAGUAGUUACAAUAGCUUGCUUCGCACGCCAAGCAUUGCGAGUAGUUUCUCCAGCAAGCUGAGGGAACAAGGACAAAUUGCUAUUACCUCGGCUAAAAUAGAGACGCCAGCUGCAAGUGAUAAAGUGGGACGUGGACCAAAGUCAAGGGUAAAAGGCCUAGUCUUAGGACGUUUUAUGAAGCGAGGUGGAGGAGGGGGGGCAGCGGUUGGAUAG